GUUGCCACCUUUCCCCAUAGAUUCAACAUAUUUUUCACGGGAUAGGGUAAACUGAAAAUGAGUCGAGGUAGUAUGGCGGGAUCGAAGGGGAAGAAGAAGGGAGUUACCUUCACUAUCGAUUGUUGGAAGCCAGUGGAGGAUAAAAUCAUGGACAUUUCCUCACUGGAAAAGUUUCUUCAGGAGAGAAUUAAGGUCGGAGGCAAGGCCGGCGCACUCGGUGAAACCGUAAUGAUCACACGCGAGAAGAGCAAAUUCACCGUCACUUCCGACGGAGAAUUCUCCAAGAGGUAUCUGAAGUGCUUAACGAAAAAGUACUUGAAGAAACAUAACGUACGGGAUUGGCUCCGAGUGAUUGCAUCCGACAAAGAUCGAACUGUUUACGAAUUAAGGUACUUCAACAUUGCUGAAAAUGAGGGAGAGGAGGAAGACUGAUAUCUGGGGGAACGACUAGUUGUUUGAGGCUUCGAACUAUGAGGUUUAUGAUCUUUUUGUUACUUAGUGAACAUGGGAUUUUGCAAU